CACAGAACGCUGCGUUACUAAUAUGUCGUUUCAACGAAAAUACAAAUAUUAUCAUUAAAGGUCAUAUUACAUAUUACCCAAAAUAUAAUAUAACUUGUGUUUAAAGUAUAAAAGAUAGAUUUGAUGAUGACCAUGAAAAAUUUAAUAUGUAUAAUCUUGACAGUAUAUCAAAUAGUAAUUAAUUAUUCUCAUUGCGAAUUUCUUGAUGAUCAGCGUGGAUGUCAUUCAGAUGAGAACAUAUGUGUUACUAAGAUGUAUUGUGUUGACUACGUGGAAUUUCAUCAAAUGAAGAUAGGACGUAGUGUUUCUCAUGAAUGUUAUGACUCAAUUUAUUUUAGAAAUAAUCAUUAUGUGCCUAUUUGGCUAUAUUAUAAAAUAUAUGAAAAAAAAUACAAUAUCCUAGAAGAGCUAGAUCAUUUUCAAACUCAUUUACUUUCCGUUUUGGAUAUUACAUUUAACAAUUAUGAAACAGUUCCAACUAUUUAUAGUUUGCCAAAUCUAGAAUUGUUAAAUGUGUCACACAACGAAAUAAUUACUGCCAAAUUAUACAAUAAAUAUGAUCUAGUUUCUCUAAAAGAAAUAGAUCUUUCUUAUAAUGAGAUAAAAAUAAUAGACGAUAAUCAAAAUGAUUAUUAUAUUUAUAGUGGAUUAAAAAAGAUCUGGUUAUCUCAUAACGAACUAUCAUAUUUGCCUGAUACCACAUUCCAUAAAUUUUAUGACUUAGAGCUUUUAGAUUUGUCUUACAAUUUUAUUACCAAUAUAACUCAAUUGACAUUUGACGGCAUAAAUCAUUUAAAAAUUUUGAAACUGUCUAAUAAUGGAAUUGUUGACAUAAAUUCGUCAUUAUUCCGUUUUAAUAAACUCGUAGAACUAUAUCUUAAUAAUAAUAAACUUGAAAAUGUUCUGGUUCGAGAUUUUAAAUAUUUAAAUGAACUUGAAAUAUUAAACUUAAGCGACAAUUAUAUUGUAAAUAUAGAAAAAAAUGUUUUUAAUAAUUUAAGUUCUCUAAAACAAAUCGACUUGAGUGGUAAUCUUUUGACAGUUAUAGGAAAAAGUAUUUUUUAUACGAAUAUUUUUUUAAACAGCAUUAAUCUGUCUGCGAAUGAACUAACUGAGAUACCAACAUAUCUUUUCCAAGCAGAAUCUAUAUCAUUUUUUGCUAUUCAAAAAAAUAAUAUACAAGGGUCUCUAAAAAAGGGUACAUUUGUAGGUUUGAAAUUUAAUACUAGAUUAGAUAUCAGUUAUCAAAGCAUUACGUCCAUCGAAGAUUUAGCAUUUUUAGGUCUCGAUAGUCUAAAAGAAUUAUUAUUAAACAAUAAUAUCAUAAGAUCGUUGUCAAAUAAAUCUUUUAAAACCCUUAAAAGCUUACUAAAGUUAGAUUUAUCAUUCAACCUGAUUACUCAGAUAGAUUUUGACAAAACUGACUUGUUCAACCUUCAAUCGAUGUUAUUACAUGAUAAUCAUAUUAUACAAAUCAAAAAAGAUUAUUUCGAGAGUUUACCAAACUUACAAUUUUUAGAUCUAUCACAAAAUAAUAUAUCAAAAAUCGAUAUUCAAUCGUUUCAAGCAUUGGAACGUGUUAGUAAUAUACUAAUUAACAAAAACCCAAUAAUCGGUAAUUUAGAAGCGGAAACUCUAAAAGGAUUAAAUUCCGUUCCAAUGCUUGAUUUAUCUCAUACAUUGUUGAAUGUUAUAAUGAAUGCAUCAUUUGAUGAUAUGAUACAUUUGAGUUAUCUUAAUAUAUCCCAUAGCAAAGUAAAGGAAUUGCAGUAUAACACGUUUUUGAAUACCGGAAACAUUGAAAUUCUUGAUCUGUCUUACAAUGAAAUAAAUGAAUUCAGUUUAAAUUCGACAAGCUUAGUAAACCUUAAACAAUUAUUACUUAAUAAUAACAAUAUAAUUACAUUGUUUGGUGAUAUAUUCAAAGGUAUGCCAUUACUAAAUAAAAUAUUAUUAUCGCAUAAUCUUAUUAAAUCUGUAGAUGACGAAACAUUUAAAUAUCAAAAAUAUUUAAUGUAUUUAGAUUUGUCAUUUAAUUCUAAUAUACAAUUAAAUGCAAGUAUUUUAAAGGAAGCUAAGUUAUUAGAAACAUUAAUUUUGUCAGGUUCCAUGUCAAAUAGAACAUUGAAAGAAUUCGGUGAUAUUUCUCAAUUGACCAAUUUAGAAGUUUCACAUUCUUAUAUUAAUAACUUAAGUAAUAUUGGCUUAAAUAAAAUUGAAAAAUUACAGUUUCUGGAUUUAAGUUACAAUAAUAUGACUCAGUUAGAAACUGGUGUAUUUGCGGGCAUGGAUGAAAUAUAUAGUAUUGAUAUAAGUUACAAUCAAUUAAACAUUAUAGAACCUGGUGUAUUUAAGGAUAAUCACAUGCUUAAUUCACUUAAUAUUUCGCACAAUAAUUUAUUAGUAAUAAGCUAUGGUGUACUCCAUGGCUUGAUUGGUUUAAGAGUCCUUGAUAUAUCCUAUAAUUUUAUAAGUGACUUAGAAGCCGAACGGUUUUAUGCAGUGGCAAACUUAGAAGAACUUAUUGUAGAUCAUAAUAGAAUUACAGAUAUUUCCAUUGAAAAAUUCGGCAGUACAACCAUAAAAAAAUUAAGCAUCGGUGAUAAUCCACUGUCAUGUGAUAAAGUAUACAAUUUAAUAAAACAUAGCGUCAAGCCGUUGGUUAUUACUGCUUUAAGAUACGUUAAAAUUAAAGAAGAAAACCUAUUUGGUAUAACUUGUAUACCAAAUCAAAAAUACUCAUUGUACAAAAAUGCAAACAUUAGUCAAAAAACACAUGGAGAUAAUAAUUUUAAUGUAUUAACUGAAAUAAGAGAUAUUCUUCUAAAUUUAAAUGUUGAUAAAGGUCGAAGUGAAGAAAGAAAACCAAAAAAUGAUAAUAUAUAUAAUGACACACAAUUAUUAAAAGUCUUGAGCAUAGAUUAUGCAACUAAAAUCACUGAAUUGAGUAAUGGAACUUUAGAAUUAAAUGAAAAACAGGAAAAUACGAAUAAAUUACUGGAUAGAAUAUUAAAGGUAGUUGUUGCAAUGAAUUCACUUAAUAGGAGGAUAUCUGCACCAGUUGAAUUUAAUGUAACAUCUGAAAAUUUCGUUAAUUAUAUAAAUCAGUUAAGACAAGAUUUCGACAAUGCCAUGAUAUUAGAUAAAGAAAAAAUACUCGCUGAAGUAGACAAAAGAAUAAUAUUAAUAAAUAAGCGUAUUGAGUCAGUAAUAACGGGAAUCCCAUCAGUACCUCAAAAUGAAAAAAUGACUUCCAAUAUCGAACCUAAAUCAUCGAUUUUUGUAGAAACGUGUGUUGCUUUCAUUCUUUUGAUUUUAGUUUGUAUAGUUUUGUAUAAGGCUUAUAAGUCCAGAUUUUAUGUUCCUCGUAGAAGAUCCAUCAGUACUAGAAACAUAUCUGAUGCUAUGGAUACAUCUAAUGUUUAAUAAUAUUGAUUUAUGUUGGAUACUACAACUGUCUUGUUUUAUGAAAUUUGUUGUAAUCGUAUUAUAAUAACAAAUUGUAUAUUAUAUGUUUUUUAAUAUUAAUAAAAAUAUAAAUAAUGU